AUGGAAACAUUGAUGGAUGGUGAGGGAUGUGAUGAAACGCUGGGUAUACACGGGAUGAGUUCAACGGGUGCUAGCCGGCUUAGCUUUGAGAAUAAUGUUUCAUUCGAGCUGAAUCGAAAGAAACGCCGUAUUUCCGGUUCGGCAUGUGACGGUACAAAUGAUACAAUGCACGAAGGCAAUGCAAGCGCAGAUUCGUUCACGUCUAACGCGGCCGGCUACAACUCGACACUGAUUGCUCAAAGUCCGUGGGAAACGCGCCGUAUGAAGGCAGAUUUGAUAGAGGCUCGAUCAAGGGUAACGUUUCUGAAGAAAGAAAUCGAACAUCUAAACACGGAAAUGGCAACGACGCAACUACGCAACCAGCACAAGAUAUCGUCGCUGGAGGAAGAGCUAGCAUUCAGCGGCCAGAAGGUAGCCGAUCUGGAGAAACAUCUGCAGAUUAUACGCAAACGGGAGCACGUCGCAAAGACGGAUCUAACGAAAACGCGCAACCAGUACCAACAGCUGAAGCAAGUGACCGACAGUCGCCAGUUUGAGCUUCGCCAGACGCUGCAAAAGAUGGAGGAAAAGUACCACACGGACACACACGAGCUUAAUAUGGAAAUUCGCGACCUUUCCAGCCAGGUAACGGAUCUCGAGCAGCAGUUGUCGUUGGCACAGGACGAGCUCGACACGACGCGUGAACUGAACGAUACGCUUCAAAGCAAAGCGGAUGCGUACGAUCAGACGAAGCGCGAACUGGAGAACACACAACUCCGUCUGUCGGAAGCGGAAUCGCGGGUAAAAACGCUCGAGUACGAGGUCGGUAGCUACGAGGACUGGCGCAGUCUGAAGCAGGUAUCUUCUGAACGGAUCGCGAACGUGAACGAGUUGCAGAAGGAAAACAUCCGGCUGACGGAACAGUUGAGAAACUUGCAGGAUUUGAUCAAAAACAAGCUGCUGCUGGAGGAGCAGGUUAGCAGUCUUCAGACACGGCUUGAUCAGUUCGAACAGAAGGAAGCGGAAACAGCUUCGCUUGAGGUGCGUGUGAAGGAGAUUGAGCGAGAGUUGGCCGAGUGGCGUCAACUUGGGAAGGACUAUUCGCCCAAGGGAGGUAUGGUUAGUCCGAUGUCGAUGCGGACCCACAUCGAACAAAUCUUGCAGAAGGAUCUGGUGCUGACCAGCGAACAAUCGUCCGCCCAGACGGAGAAAAAUCACGUCCAGACACGCAUCGAGGAGCUACAGUCGGAGAACGCAAAGCUGAACGGUCGGUUGGCGGAUUACAAGCGGGCGCAGGAAGGUUUGCAGAACAUCAUCCAUCGGGCACAGAAGAAGCUGAAUCUGGUUACCGGUGAGCGGGACUAUCUGAAGCAGCUGCUCGAAUCGUACGAGAAUGAUCUGACGAUCAGUCAUUCCGUCGUGGGCAGCGAUGGUGACAAGAAGCAGCUCAGGGCACGUACCGACAUGCUGGAAAAAACGCUGACCGGGUAUAAGGAACUGUGCCAAAGGCAGGAGGCUGAACUGCAGGCCAACAAAGUGAUGCCCGAUAUAAGUUUUGUGCUUACCUCCGAACAGUACGAGAAGCUGCGCAAAGAGAUCGACGAUCUUCGCACGGAAAAUGAACAGCUCAAGCGGCGCAAGGCGGAGCUCGAGGUCGAGGUCCACAACAUGACUCUCCGUGCGGAUAUUAAGCGUGCGCCAACAAUGACGACCACGGCGCCGACGACGAGCACAAAUCAAAGUAAGUGCUUACGGUACAUCUUCAGUCCCGCAGCGGAAGACAUACAGGCCGAGCAUGCCUGCAAGCUAAAGCUGAUGGCCGAAAUCGAACGACUCAAGCUUCACAUUCAGCGGCUCCAGGAAACGAACCACGACCUGACAGAGUGUCUGCACAACACGGACGAAACCGGCAACAUCACCGCCAAGAUUAAGGAAUCGGUCGAUUUGCGGAUGCAGCUGUCCGAGCUGCAGGCCAAGUACGACCAGCGCAAGGAGCUGUUCCAGCAAUCGUCGGAAGACUUUCGCACGGUGGUGAAUCUGCUGUUCGGGUUCAAGAUUGAUCGGAUCAGCGGUAGCUACUUCCAGCUACGCAGCCAAUACGCCGAAAGCCCGGACGAGUAUCUUAACUUUGCGCUGUCCCAGGACGGUAGCAUGCUGACGCUGCUCGAAUCGGACUAUGCCGCAUCGUUGCGGGAGCUGGUCGAAACGCAGUUCAAAACGCACAACUCGGUACCGGUGUUUUUGAGCUCGCUAACGCUGGAACUGUUCAAUCGAACCACCAACACUGCCUCGGCAAUGAUGGUUGAGUACGGUGAUGGAUCGGAGUGA